CCCACGAAAAUGCGGGGGCGUCCAAACGAGAGCAUAUAAUUGACGUCGCGACGUCGUCGAGGUACAGACGCCGCUCCACCUCUGUCCCGUGCACGAGUGUUAAAAUCAAAGAAAAACAACAAUGUGCGACGACGAAGUAGCUGCCCUGGUCGUAGACAAUGGCUCCGGCAUGUGUAAAGCCGGCUUCGCCGGAGACGACGCUCCUCGCGCCGUCUUCCCCUCAAUUGUUGGUCGACCUCGCCAUCAGGGAGUGAUGGUCGGUAUGGGUCAAAAGGACAGCUACGUAGGUGACGAAGCCCAGAGCAAAAGAGGUAUUCUGACAUUGAAAUACCCGAUCGAGCACGGUAUCAUCACCAAUUGGGAUGACAUGGAGAAGAUCUGGCAUCACACUUUCUACAACGAAUUACGUGUCGCUCCAGAGGAACACCCUGUCCUCCUCACUGAAGCGCCCCUCAACCCGAAAGCUAAUCGCGAAAAGAUGACGCAAAUCAUGUUCGAAACCUUCAACAGCCCGGCCAUGUACGUCGCCAUUCAAGCUGUCCUUUCCCUAUACGCUUCCGGUCGUACCACCGGUAUCGUCCUAGACUCCGGUGACGGUGUCUCUCACACCGUACCUAUCUACGAAGGUUACGCCCUCCCUCAUGCCAUCCUCCGUCUGGACUUGGCUGGUCGCGAUCUUACUGAUUAUCUCAUGAAGAUCCUCACCGAGAGAGGCUACAGCUUCACCACCACGGCUGAGCGAGAAAUCGUCCGCGAUAUCAAGGAAAAGCUAUGUUAUGUCGCUCUGGACUUCGAACAGGAAAUGGCCACCGCUGCUGCCAGCACCUCUCUCGAAAAGAGCUACGAGUUGCCCGAUGGUCAAGUCAUCCCCAUCGGUAAAGAGAGGGUCCGCACACCAGAGGCUCUCUUCCAACCUUCCUUCUUGGGUAUGGAAUCUUGCGGUAUUCACGAAACCGUCUAUAAUUCCAUCAUGAAGUGCGACGUCGAUAUCCGUAAGGAUCUCUACGCCAAUAAUGUCCUCUCUGGUGGUACUACCAUGUACCCCGGUAUCGCCGAUCGUAUGCAGAAGGAAAUCACCGCUCUCGCGCCCUCGACCAUCAAGAUCAAGAUCAUCGCUCCUCCUGAGAGGAAGUACUCCGUAUGGAUCGGUGGUUCCAUUUUGGCUUCUCUGUCCACCUUCCAACAGAUGUGGAUUUCCAAACAGGAGUACGACGAAUCUGGCCCUGGCAUCGUCCACCGCAAGUGCUUCUAAGCAAUUACGCUCGAUGCUAUUCACUAUUAUUAUUGUUAUUAUUGCUACCUUUCCCUAAGUUGUACCGUUCACUGCCGCAUCGCUUCGUCUAGUUGGGUCUCCGUUAGUCAAAUAUUCUGUUGUCGUAAUUGGUCCGUGGCGGCAAGUCUUUUAUCAACAACUAUUAUACGAGCAUAUACGUCAUCUUUUGUAUAUAAGUUUACGUCUAUGGAAUAAAUCAAUCUUAUAUUCUCUCUUACAAUCGA